UUCAUCUGAGCGCAUCGCGCAGCUUCACACGUUCAUUAACGCCUUAACAUCGCGCAUCAUCCGGACGGACAGAGAGACGCGCCGCGCGGAUCCGCCGUGAGACAUGUGUGUGUGUGUGACCCGGCUCACUUCACACCCCUGUGUGUUGGCGUUGCGGGUGGCGCAGUGAAGAGCUCGCGGCUCCUGGCAUGGGCAGUGUAGGGAGCGGCGCGUCAAGUCAACGGCCCAUCACCAUGCGCAGCGUGGGCACCCGCACGACUCCUAAUGGCCCACUUGCAGCCGCACCGCCUCCAAACUCCGCCCGUCGACGACUGGACGACCGCAGCUUUAGCGCCGACCGCAUCCCCCAGCCCAGCACUAAGGCGAAGGGUGUCUCCGCUGACGAACACAGCUACAAUGCCGAGAGAGCUUACCACGGCAACGCUCGCAAUCACACGGACUCCGAACGCACCGCGCCUCACAACGCUAACCGCCAGCAAACGGUUAAUGGCGAGAGGCUGGUGUCAAACGCUGUGUUCACCAACGGCGGGUCACGGAGGGAAGGUCACCGGCGCGGAGAGAGUCUGGACUUGUGCGGUAACAACAUCGUGCUUAAUAACAACAAAAACGGCAGUCAUCAAAUUCCACCACCGCACAAAGAGAAGAGCAAAACCAAACCUGAUAAUCAAAACCCACCCAACAUCCUGCCGGUGUCUGGGAAACUGGAGCAUGUACAGACCAACGACUCUCUGGUGCGUCCAUCAGCCUUCAAACCUGUGGUGCCCAAGAGCUUUCACUCCAUGCAGAACCUGGUGUGCCCCCUUCAGACCAGCUCAGGGAUGGGCGGGGGUCCGGGCAGCAGUGGCAGUGGAGGCAGCGGAGGAGAGAAGGGGGUCCAGAGCGCUUCUGGAGCCCAGUGGGAGCAGGACAGUCCCAGCAGCCGAGGGACGCAUACGGGCGCGACCAGACCCGGGCAGGGCAGUCUGUCCGAUUCCGGGCGGAACUCCCUCACCAGUCUGCCCACCUACACCGGGUCAGGUUAUGGACCUCCGCCUGUGCUCGGCCCGCUCAGUGCCUCCACCAGCCACAUCAACCGGCUAGGCACCGUCGCCCUGGAGAAACUCGACAAGCCGGGUUACCAGAAUGGGCUGAGUGCGUCCGACAGCGGCCGCUCCUCCUCAGGCAAGAGUUCUUCAUCGUAUCAACGCCUCAGUCACCUGAGCGACGCUCCUGCACCUCUGAGACCUUCUCCUUCCUCGGAUGAUGUCAUACAAGAUCUGGAAGACCGUCUGUGGGAGAGAGAGCAAGAGGUGAUCCACAUGCGGCGUAACCUGGACCAGAGCGAGGCGGCCAUCGUGCAGGUGUUUGAGGAGAAGCAGCGCGUUUGGGAGCGCGAGAUGGAGGACUUGAGGCAGAACUACGCCGGGCGUCUGCAGCAGGUGUCCCGACGGGCUCAGCGCACACAGCAGGCCCUGCAGGCGCAGAUCAGCCGUCUGCAGCAGGACAAACGCAGAUUGCAAGACGAGAUGACCCUGCUGCUCGCUCAGAGAGAAGAGCUGGAGAAGAAGUGUUUGGACUACAGGAAGGAGCAGGCUGACAUCCUGCCCAGACUUGAAGAGACCAAGUGGGAGGUGUGUCAGAAGGCUGGUGAGAUCUCUCUCCUGAAGCAGCAGCUGCGUGAGAGUCAGGGUGAGGUGAAACAGCGAGCCGGAGAGGUGGUGGCACUGAGAGGCCAGCUGAAAGAUCUCAAUGCCCAGCUGAGAGAGAGAGAAGAGGCCGAGAUCAGCCUGAAAGAGUCCUUCUGUACAAAGACCCUGGAGCUCGAGCGCUGUGAGGCUGAACUACAGACCAUGCUGGCGGAGGUCACAGUGCUGAGAGAUAAACUGAGCGCGUUUGAGACAGAAGUGAGCCGGCUGAAGAAAGCCCUGAGUGAGCUGAGCAGCAGCAGCAGCAGCAGCACCAGUCACGCCAGCGAGCCCAGUUUGGCUGAAAUGGGGCAGCUGGUGGUGUCCCGCAGCCGAGAGCGCCUCCUGUCCCCUCUGAGCCCUCCGGAGACGCCCACGUCUCUCCCCGCCCUCCCUCCUCUUGCCCAACUGCCCGCCCUGCCCUCUUCAGACCCGUUGCUGACGCUGCAGAGCGACGACUCCAAGGUCCAGAUACAGGAGUCGGGCGACCUGCGGCGGCAGCUGGAGCGUCUGCAGGGCGAGCUGCGUUUGGAGCGGCAGCAGCGGGAGCGACAGACCGUCACCUUUGCGCAAGAACGUCAAACUUGGCAGGACGAGAAGGAGCGGGUGCUGAAGUACCAAGCGCAGCUGCAGCUCAGCUAUGUGGAGAUGUUGCAGAAGAACCAGGUCCUGGAGGAGCGCGUGGACAAGCUGGGAGCCCAGAUCGCCACUCCGUCCCUGGCCUCGCCUGCCUCGCCGCCCCCAGUGACCUCACUGGACGUCCCCACACCCGUUUCCCUGUCUAUAUCGCUCACCUCCCCCACUCCUCCAGUGGAGGAGAAGAAGCUGCCGGAUCUGCACCAACUUGCUCCGCCAUGGCCGGUUCCGACUCGACUGGAGAGGAUCGAGUCGACGGAGAUCUGACUGCGCCAAAUGUGAACUCGAUGACGCAGUAAAAACCGUAAAGUCCCGAUCACACUCGAAUUCAGUACAAUCCACAAAAAAAAAAAAAAAAAAAAUGGUGACUAUACAGCUUCUGAGGACUGUCCAAGGAUGCCCUGCUUGUUUGGGGCAGGCGUUUGGGUUGAGGGCUGGUUUUUGAUUGGUUAUGCGCACAUGUGUGGCCUUAUCAGCAGGUCGAGGGCUAGUUUAUUGGGUUAGGGUAGAGGAGCUGGCCCCAAGUCAGUAGCCAAGAGAAAAAAUGUGACACUCAGGGGUUAAGGGAACAGGACAUUAACAAAUCAGAUUUUUUAUGAGACUGUUUUCACGACAAAAAAUAAUUUUCUUACCAAGUAUUUUUGCCUUGCUUCCCAAUAAAAAUAUAUUUGGAUAUAUUCUAAGAUAUGUAGAUAUAUUAUAAAAUAUUUAGAUAUUUUUAAUAUGUUUUGUCUAGUUUUUUAGAGAAAUCUAACCAAAUUUGGUGGGAUUUAUGCUUAGAACAAGAAUAAAGUUUCUGCCUAUGGGGUAAGAAAAAAAUCUUGAUUUAAAGGGAAAACAUGUUUAUUUUUCUUA